GCGCGUUUGGGCUCCGCGGCGGCGCACGCAGCUCGCUCGCUCUCUUGCAGGAAGCGGACAUGACUUGCUUUUCUGUUCUUUUUGCAUUUUUCAAUCAUUUGACACCACCGUGUGGCCAAAAUGGAAUUCUGAUGAAGCUUUUCUGAUGGCAUGUAAUUUCUUAUCGCGCAUCUUUUGCUCCAAUCAGACUUGAUCGGAAAUAAAAGGACUUUUUACGCACAAGGAUGGGUUCGGAGAGGCCGAACUUUCUCUCCCAACCGGUGGUGAAGAACAUUUUCAUGUUCCGCAACGGUGACCCGUACUACGAAGCCCGCAGACUCGUGAUUAACCAGAAGAGAGUGAGCAACUUUGAGAUUUUGCUGAGGGAGGUGACGGGGGGCAUCCAGGCGCCCUUUGGAGCCGUCAGGAACAUCUACACCCCAAAGGGGGGACAUAAAGUGGACUGCCUGGACAAACUGCAGAGCGGGGAGCACUACGUGGCUGCGGGGAGAGAGAGAUUUAAAAAGUUAGAUUAUUCACAGAUCAGCUCUAGAAAGCGAAGGCUCUUACAGUCGCUUCCGCUGCAGGCCAAACCACUUCCCCCAAAUCGAAUUUCUGUCUCUGCUCGGUUCUUGAAACCGAUUAAGGAGCCAUGUCCAAUAUUUGUGGUGGCAAACGGGGACGCUCUGAACCCAGCAAUAAGGCUGCUCAUCCACCAGAGGUUGCUGUGCCAGUUUGAGAGGAUCCUCGAGAUGAUCACAGACAAAAUGGGUUUGAGAGUCCUCGGCGGCGUGAGAAGUCUUUACACUUAUGAAGGCCAGCAGGUGACCGACGGCACUCAGCUGGAGAGCGGCCAGCUUUACGUGGCCGUGGGCAGGGAGAGAUUUAAGAAGCUCUCCUACACCGACCUGCUGUUCAGCAAACCUCGAGGGGCACGGCGGGUCAACGGGAUGAAAAUGGGCACUCUGCCACCAAUCAACAGAUCUCCAAAGCAAAAUGGAAAUAGAAAGUCGCUGGUCCGAAGCACUGAGAGUGGGGACGGCGAGUCAAAGGCCUCGCCUCCAAACCACAACGGCGGCCAGAGGGAGCCCCUGUCCUCCGUCGUCAGGGAGAUUUCUCAAGCCAGACUCCUCUCUCUUCGGUUGAAGAGAAGUGGACAGAGCAUGACCCUCUGUGACAAUGAUGAUGUAGAUUCCAAAACUGAUGAUGGAAAUGCUGAUGUUAAAUCUCCAAACCAGUCAACUGAAGAGGACCUUCCUUCAUAUGAUACCAAAUCAUCAGAGGAGAAUGGCGAAAAGGCUGAGGAGAAGGACGAAAACACAACCGAAAAUGACACUUCAGUCAGCCAAGAAGAAAAAACAGAUAGGGAGACACAGAGUGGCACAAAAGGAGGUGCAGAAGAGGAAAAUGAAGCGGCAAAGAAUGAAGAUGAGUGUGAAGCAACAGCAAAGUCUGAUGAGCAGGCAGAGGAGAUAAAAGAAGUGAAAGACGAACUCGAGGAUGAAAGUAAGGCGGCCUCAGAUGAGAAUAGAGUGAUGUCAGAUGAGAGUGAGGAGAAGAAGGUUGCAGAUGAGAGUGAGGCAGCAGCAAACGAGGACACGACUUCAUAUGGACAGAAGGAGAACCCCGAUGAGUGUGAGGAGGAAGUCGCUAAUGAAAGUAAAGACGAGGUUCCCGAUGGCAGCAGCAACGGGCUCGCAGAUAACGUUCCGUCCGAGAGGGAGGAUGACGGUGAGAGCAAGGAUCAGGAGACCAACGAGAGGAAGGAGGAAGUGGGAGAUGAGGUUGCCAGUGAGAGUAAGAAUGAGCAUGUCGCCGAGUGUACAAGUGAGAGGACGGAUGAAGGUGCCAAUGAGAAAAAGGACGAGGUUGCCAAUGGGUGCAGGGAGGAACUUCAUGACAAGGGUCCAGACGAGAGCAACCAAGAGGUUUCAAAUGAGAGUAGGGAGGAGAAUCCAGCUCAGAAUAAUUCAGUUACAUCUUCUGCAGGUGACCACGAAACUGGGCAGUCACAUAACAUAAAUGGAGAUGCCGAGGAAGAGCACGCUGGUAAUGAACAGAAAGAAAGCCAGUGAUCAAGUAAGGAUUUAAUUAGAUAGGUAGACCAGAGAAAGGAUGAUAGGAGGACCAACAUUUUGGGAACAGAGCUGCAGACCAAAUCGAAAUCUCAAGAUUCCACAUCAUGGAGAGAUAAAAGUGCAUGAAUCUUUGGGAUUGACAUAAAACCAGUCAGGAAAAGCAGGACAAGUAACAAAAGACAGGUUAGUUGGAUGAAAGGAUUCAACAUUUUACAAGAAUAUUAACAAUAAACAAAAAAAACAAAACAAAAAAUCACAAGGUCUUGGAGUAGUGUAUGUAAUGUAUUCUCUUUCAAACCAUAAAACCAGCUUGUCUAUUUUUGGCCCAAUGUGAUUCUGUGAACAACGACUGUAAAAAUUAACGCUCGGUUGGAUUUUUAACCUGUUUGCCACAGUGGACUGCAUUGGGUCAGUCACCAACUGUUACUUCCCCUGGAGAACGACUACAACAAAAGCUCUGGGAUAGAGCUUCAAGAGAGUGAAAAGAGCAUUUAAGGUUUUGAGACCCAACAAAUUCAAGGUUUGAAGUGAUUUCCAAAUGAUGAAAAGCUCCACUGCUUACAUUUGUGCCACCGUCGUUUUCCAGACUGAGCAGUGAGACUCCCGAGUGCCUUGGUUUGUGUUUUUGUGUACAUUGUACAGUACGUGAUUUGGUUUUGUAUUUUGUUCUUGUCUUGCUGGUUAGGCUUUUGCUCCCCCUGUUCUGGUUAGCCCCAUUCCUUGUGGCUACCAAUCGGCUCUUCCGGCCACUUGUGUCUUGUUCAGGGGUGCCUCGUUGUCUGCUUGCUCAGCUUGUACUUUAAUUGGCUGGUUUCUUUCCGUCUGUGUCUGUUCAUUGAUGUGGUGAGAAGAGUACGUUGUGCUGUUUCCUUUUUAUUCCCCAAAUAAUCUUGCUUUUUUUUUUUUUUUUUGUUACUUUGAGCAUUGUUUUUCUAGACUUUGGUGAUUUGUGUUAUUAUUUUAUUGGAUUCCCUGCUUGGCUUAUUUUUUUCAUUUUAGAAAUUAAAAUGUUUUUUUUCCCCCUGCAGUUUUUUGCCUCAACCAUGGAAAUCUUCAUUUGUGACAUGAGUGCAUUCAAAUGAGGAAAGAGUUUUCACAUUUGGACAUCGUUGUAGUGGUUUUACAAGUACAUUUUGGCAAAUAUGUUUUUUUAAA